AUGUCCUUCGGAUCGGUCGGCGACUCGUCCUUCCUUGCCUCCAAUCCGAGCCCGAUCCCGCCGCCGGCCAAUGUUAGCGUGCACACGUCAAUGGUGGCCGCCGCCGCGGUGAAGUACGCAGCGGCCGCGGCGGCCGCCGCUGCCGCCGCCAAUGUGGGCGUCUUGCCAGCCACGGCGGCUGCUGCGGCCGCAGCCGCUGCCACCACCACCACCCCCACCUCCACCGCCACCACUCCCUCCACCACUGCCAUCGGCGUGCCGGGGCCCGGCACUGCGGCGAGCUCCGGUCCGGCCAGCCCGCCUGCCGCGGGCAAGCCAGCCGCCGCCAGUGCCAGUGCCGGGCGCCCCUGCACCGGCAAGCCCUCGGCCAAGGCCGCUGGCAAGACCUCCGCCGGGGCGCAUCGUGUCACCCGAUCGGCGGCGGCGGCGGCGGCGGCGGCAGCUGUGGCGGCAGCCGCCGCGGCCGCCGCCACUUCCCCCUCCUCGGCCCCGGGGUCUGGGGGCUCCUCGGCCGCGGGUUCCCCGUCGGCGGUGGCUGCCGCGGCAGCCGCCGCGGCCGCGGCCGCCGCCUCUGUCGCCGCCCCCGGCCUCUCAACCGAGGGUCUCCCCCUGGACCCGAUGAUUGAUGUGUCCAGGCCUUCGGUUCCCGAUGCCAAGCCCGCCAGCCGGAGCCGCAAGCGUGUGGCCGCCGGCCCGGGCGCUUCCACAAACGUCGGCAAUGGCCCCGCAACCGAGGGGAAGCCCCGUGCUGGUGCCGGCGCCUCCCGGCUGAAGGGUGCCGGCAAGGUGUCCUCCUCGUCCCUUUCCCCCGUCAAGGCGGCCCCAUGCCCGAUCCUCAUCACCUCCUCCCUCGCCCAUCGGCCAGCCGGCGCCUCGUCAACCGGUGAUGCCUUCGCCACCGACCAGGUGGGUCCCCCGCCGGCGGUGCAUCUUCCGGCCACCCCCUCCUCGACGGGGGCAGUCCGGCCGGCUCCCAAGCGCCGCCAGCCGGCCUCCCGAACAAGUGCCGCCAAUUCGACCACAUGCGCUGCCGCCAGUCCCGCCAGUCGCGGCUCCACCCGUCCAAAGGUCGCAUCGGCGCCGGCGCCGGCGCCGGCACCGGCCCCGGCACCGGCCCCGGCCCCGACCCCGCUCCCGGUCUCAAUCCCGAUGAUCUCCACUGUGCAUUUGUCAGGCGACCUCGGCGCCCAGGCCGCCUCGGCCGCCGGUCGCGCGACUGGCACUGGCCGCGGCUCGCGCCGGCGCGCGACUGCCACCACGACCGCAGUCACAGCCACGGCCGGGGCCCACCCCGUGGCCUACGCCCAGGCGCCGGCGGCUUCGAUCCCGGUGGUGAUCCCCGCGGCUGCUGCGGCUGCGGCGGCCGCUGCAGCCGCCGCCGCGGCCGCCGCCGCGGCCGCAGCCGCCGCCACCACCACCACCACCACCGCAGCAUCGAUCCCCUUCUCCGCGGGCAGUGUGUCCUUGCUCCCGGCUGGAGGCCCGGCCGCCUCGGCCGCCGGGGUGCGUCCCCUGCCGAAUGCCCCGCUUGCGGCGGCAGCGGCCGCGGCCGCCGCCGCCGCCGCCGCGUCAAUCACCAAGCCUGCGGCGUCAUCCGGGCGUGGGCGCGGUCGGCCGGCCGUCUCGUCGGCCAACAAUCCCGUGGCUGCCCGGUCGAAUCCCCGGCAGACCGGUGCAACGGCCGCCGCCACACGGGCGGCUGCUCGUGCGCAGGCCGACAAAUCCUACGACGAGCCGGAUGGCCAUUAUAAGCUGCAUCCUGGGGAUGACUACAGCGAGCGCUUCCAAAUCGUCAAAAUGAUCGGCGUCGGCACCUUCGGUCGUGUGGCCCAAUGCAUUGAGCGUGGCACCGGUCGAACGGUCGCCAUCAAGAUUGUUCGCAAUGACCCGAAGUACCGCGAGGCCGCGAAGACGGAAAUUCGCGUGCUGGAUCGCAUCCGCACAUCGGACCCCAGUGACCAGAUGGGCUGCAUUCGCCUGCGCGAGUGGUUCGACUUCCGCAACCACAUCUCCAUGGUCUUCGAGAUGCACGGCCAGUCGCUCUUCGACUUCCUGAAGGAGCUCCAGUAUCGGCCCUUCCCUCUGUACCAAAUCCGGGAUUUUGCGCGACAGCUCCUCCGAUCGAUCCAGUUCAUCCACCAACUUCGUCUCGUCCACACGGACAUCAAGCCGGAGAACAUCCUCCUGAUGGAUUCGGGCAGCUUCCUUCCCACGGCCCCGGGGUCCGGCGGCGGGCGACUCCUGUCCAACACCAUGAUCCGUUUGAUCGACUUCGGUUCCACGGUCUUCAAUGACACCUAUCCCGAGGGAUACCGGUAUAACAUUGUCUGCACCCGGCACUACCGGGCGCCGGAAAUCGUCCUCGGCCUUGGCUGGUCCUUCCCCUGUGACAUGUGGGCAUUGGGCUGUGUGCUGAGCGAGCUCUACAGUGGCGAUGCGCUCUUCCACACCCACAACGACCUGGAGCACCUGGCCAUGAUGGCGCAGGUGUGCGGGUCCGACAUUCCGGCAUCCAUGCAAACCAGCACCAUCGCCUCGCGCAUGUUUGGCCGUGACCGAAAGCUGGCCUUCCCUUCACCGGAGACCAGCGAAAACAGCCUGCGCCGCGUGCGCAAGCUCAAGGACAUCCGGCACCAUUGCUCUUCCAGCGACCCGAAUGUCCGAGCUCUGUUCGACCUGAUCCGCAAGUUGCUCACCUACGAGCCGAGCAAGCGCAUCACCGCAUCCAUGGCCCUGGCGCACCCCUUCAUCACCGGCGACGUGAGCAGCUUCUUCUCCGGCGUGGCUCCGGUCUGCUUGAGCGGAGCCUGCAGCAAGGCGGGCAUCCCCUUCCCGGCUGGGAUCCGGUGUAUUUGCAGCGGGGGCUACGGCACGCCGGCCGGGCCGCGGCUGGCCGGCAGUCGGUGCACCUGCCGCAGCUGCCACCAAGCGGUCAAUGGCAACCUCCUGACAUCCGACCUGCCGGCCCUCCUCAAGGGCGUCUCCGCCAGCGCCAGCACCCUGGUGCCGGCCAUGCUGAAUGCACAUAUGGGCGGUGGCCAAGUCACGCGCCCCGCCGCCGCCGCCGCCGCCGCCGCCGCCGCCAUGGGUGAGCCCAUGGCCCGGGGCGUGGCCCGGCCGCGCAUCCCACCGGCCGUGCGGCCGAUUGUUUCGUCGAUUGUCAUCGACCUGACUCUGUCGCCGGAGCCGCCCGCACCUGCUGCGAUGUCGGGCCCGGGCGCCGCCGCCGCCGCCGCCGCUGCUGCUGCUGCUGCUACGGCUCACGGCCCUGGGCGCCCGGUUGCCGGUGGCCACUUUCAGAAUGUCAACCCCACUGGCCGGCGGCCGCCACCAGCAGCAGCCUGCCGCCCCCACCUUGGUGCAUCCUGCGCCCCGGGCGGGUCUCUGUCCGGUCGGCCAAGUGAGGCUGUCUCGACCGGGCCCCUGGUGACGUCGGUUUCUUCGCUGUCGCUCAUGCCUCCGGGCGCGGCGGCCACGGCCAGCACGCAUCUCCCCCGGCCGGCUGGCCCUGGGCCAUUGCUGCUCGGCCAGCAGCUUCCAUCACCAGCGCGAGAUGCAGUCAUGCGCUCGGCAUCUGGAUCGCAGGCGAGCCUGCUGGAUUCGGUCGGCGUCUCGGGGCACACCUCGGCUGCCGGCGUGGUGGCAGCCGCCGCUGCCGCGGCCCCCGCCCCCGCCACCGCCGGGCCCAUGGCGCUCCCCGGUCGACCUGGCAGCAGCAGCAGCAGCAGCAACACCCUCGCUUUGGCUCCUCCCCGCGAUGGGGGUUUUGUUGAUCCGCCGACUCCCAUGACUCUGGAGAACAUCGGCAGCGCGGCAGCCCCAGGCAGUGCGACGAACUUGUCGCACCCACUGUCCGCCAGCGCGCGAGUCUUCACCGCUGCCUCUCCCUUGGCCGGGGGGAGCCUUCUAACAGCGGCAGCAGCAGCGGCGGCGGCGGCGGCGGCAGUCACGGCCGCCAAUGCCGCCUCGGCCACGCCAUUGCACCACCCGGCCACGGGGUUGCCCUCGUCCGUGGCCCUGGGAUCGUUGCAUGGUGGCCUCCGGGCCUUUCCCGACCAUGUGGCACUGGCAAUGACGGCCGCCUCGGGCCGGGCUUGCGGUGAUCCGGUGUCGGCGGCUGGCCUCAUGGCCGGGGGCGGUCUUUUUGGCCCGGUCGGCAGUGCCGUCCCGCCAAGCCCUGGCACUGGGAUCCCCCUGGUAUCGGGUCGUCUCUCGUCCAGCGGGUCUACCACGGAUCUGGAUGCCGCGCAUUCGCCCUUCCACAUGCAAUUGUCGCAGCAGUCGCACCUGCAAUCGCAGCUGCACCCACACUAUCAGCAUUUCCACCACCUUGAGGAGUCGACCGGCGGCUUUCCCCUGACGCCCGGUGGCAGUGGCGGGCCGCCGGUCACCCCGGGCCGGGGUGCUCCGGUGAUGGUUGCCGCAACGCCGACCACGGCCGAUCCCCUUGGCGUGGGGGGUCUCGGGACUGGGUGCCCCCUAUUGGCGGGGUAUCUCCCGCGAGAGUGCUUUGCUCCGACCCCAGGUGGCGGCUCGGGUGGACCGCCGGCCAGCUCGGUCAUUGAUGAUCGGCCCAUGAGCUCGGGCUUCCUGCUUGCGCAUAGCCCACAGCAGCAGCAGCAGCAGCAGCAGCAGCAGCAGCAGCAACAGCCGUCUCAUAUGUCUUCGCACAAUCUUCCGUCGCCAGGGUUCGUGCCUCUGGCACAUCCCUUCAUUCAGCAGCAGCAGCAGCAACAGCAGCAGCAGCAGCAGCAGCAGCAGCAGCAGCAGCGGAUUCAGCACCAGCAACAGCAGCGAAUCCACCACCACCAGCAGCAGCCGCAGCAACAGCAGAUGCAGCAACAGCACAUGCAGCACCAUCACCUCCAGCAGCAGAUGCACCACCAGAGGCUGCACCAGCAUCACCAGCAACAGCGUCAGCUCCUCCUUCUGCAGCAUCAGCAGCAGCAGCAGCUUUUCCAUCAGCUUCAGUAUCAUGAAGCCACGCGAAGCCAAGAAGCGUCGCCGAUGUUGGGCGUCGCCGAUGGUGGUCGGGCGGUUCCUUCUCCAAUCAAUGCAGGCCCUUCCUCCAAGGGCCCGGCCGUGUCAGGCGCCUCCUCGUCUUCGAAUAAUCUCCUUGGCACGUCGCUGGACCUGAUGCAAGCAUCUGCAGUGGCAGCUGCAGCAGCCGCCGCCGCCGCCGCCGCCACCACCACCACCACCACCACGAGCUCGUCCACUGGGGGGCCACUCAUCGGCGGCCACUCCUUCCAUCAGCAUCGCAUGGUGGCGGGCCAAUGUGCGGCUGACUCGCCACAGACCGAUCCUCCGAGUGUUGUAAGCCGUGGGAGCCCCGCCACCCCGGUGGCCAUGGCCGCCGCUCUGCAAUCCUCACGCCAGCACACCACGGGCAAGCUCCCGCAGUCCCAAUUCUUGUUCCAAGCGAAUGCCGCCUCGUCGGGCGUCGGCUCGGCCGGCGGGCCCGAUGGCGGAGGCACCCCUUUGCAUCUUGGCUUGUCGCCCCUCGCGGCCAGUCUCCUUCGGAAUGGUGGCAGUGCCGUGGGCGGCAGCAUCUCGCAGGAUCCGUCGCAGCUGGACCUGUUGGCCGCCGAGUCACCCACCCCCAAGACCAGCGCGGGCGGGGGCCCCACACCGGCGGGCCUGGGGUCUGGCUUCCCCGACGGCACCCAGGUCCUUGGCGGGGCGCCGGCCAUCUUGCUGCAGAGCCCCGCCUCGUCGUAUUCGCCGCACCCGGUGGUGGUUGGGCCGGGGGCGAUGCCUGGCGGCGUGGCCGAGCCCCUCCCCCAGCAGCAUGUCCAGCUGAAUGCCCUGCAGCAACUUCACCAACUGUCCCGGAGUGGUGGCAGUAGCAGUGGUGGCGGUGGUGGCGGUGGUGGCGGUGGUGCUGGUGGUGGUAGUGCUGGCACUUCGGCCGCCGCGCUGCACCUGGCUCUGCUUGGCGGCAGCCAGCUGGUGGCGGCCCCUGGCCAUCACCUGUCGUCCACUCGGUCAACGGCCGAUUUGGGCUCCGCGUCGGUUGACAGCCUGCCCUCCUCCCCCCCGUCGCACGGGGUGCAGCAAUCCCUCCUCCAGCAGUCAUCCGGGGGAAUGGGGCCGGCCGUGCAACCGCACAUCCCCAUUCAGCAUCUCCAACCGUCGGCGCCACAGCAGCAGCAGCAGCAGCAGCAGCAGCACCCGUCAUUGCCUUUUGCCAUGACGCCGUUCGACCCGGCCGUUGGGCUUGGUGGUGGCCUUCUGCCACCAUCGUCGUUGUCGUCGACAGGGGCAGCGGCUCCCACCGAGGGUCGGCCGCACUCGGCGCCCACGACGCUCUUCCGCGGCGCUGGCAUUGAUGACCGGGGGGUGCCGUCCUCCUCGUCCUCGUCGGCCAUGGCGGCCGCAACGGCGGCGGCCUCCUUGGCGGCCCUCGUCUCGAUGGCUGGCGGUCCGUCCAUGUCUCCUGUCGGGAUCCCUUCCCCUGCCUCGCCGCCCGGCCCCACGGGCGCCCCCUCGGCCUGA